AUGAAUUUUAUUGCCAAUAAAUAUACUAUUGAUGAUGGCGAUUAUGAAAACGAUGAUAGUUUUGACAAUGAAAUGACUGAAAGAUCUUUUAUUAAACAUGGUUUACCUACAGAUGUCAACUAUUUAGUUGGAUUUCAUCCUCAUGGAAUACUGGCUACAGGAGCAUUCAUUAACUUUGCUACAGAAGCUACUGGUUUUUCAAAAAUCUUUCCUAGUUUCAAGCCAUUUCUGGCUAUAUUAAAAGCCCAUUUCAUAGCACCGGUUUAUCGGGAUUUACUGAUGUCAUUCGAAAAUACAUGUUUCUUACUUGAAUUUGUUAUUACGAAUCGUUAUUCUACUGGUUUACAAUUAACACGUUCCUCAUUACAAUCAAAAGUUAUCAAUUUUUUUGGUUUACAACUCCAAAAAUCUGACGAAUUAAAUGAUUCAGUGAAUGAAUCGUUCAUCAUUUCUUAA